CGGAAACGCCGGCGAUAGCUGAGACCCCGGUGUUGGAGAAGCAGGUGGAACUGAUUUAACAGACGGAGAGUGGGAAACUGGAAUAAAGAACAAGCUGUGCCGCCUGUCAGACAUCAGAACCGUAUCAGAAACGCUGGACGAGCUUAUAGAAUCUUUUAGAUUUGAAUGGACAAGGCAGCCAGAAGUACACAGUCCAGCUAAUGAAGCCUGCUAAAGGUUCAGUGAUGCCUGUGAAGAAGAAGAGAAAGCUCCCUGAUGCAGAUGAUAAUGAGCACAAAUGUAAAAUUACAAGUUUCACCCGACCUCAGAUCCGUGGUGCGAGGCCGAUCAGCGCUGACAAACCCUUCUCCAGUAAGAAGUGCCUGGCCUGGUUCCACGAGUACGCCGGCCCCGACAAGGUGGUCGGUCCAGAGGCCAUGGAGAAGUUCUGUGAAGACAUUGGAGUGGAACCAGAGAAUAUUAUCAUGUUAGUUUUAGCGUGGCAUCUAGAAGCAGCAAAUAUGGGGUUCUUCACAAAAGAGGAGUGGCUCAGGGGAAUGACGUUAUUACAGUGUGACGGCACGGAGGGGUUACAGAGCAAACUGGAUUACCUUCGCAGCGAGCUCAACGACUCUGUGGUCUUUAAAAACAUCUACAGAUACGCCUUUGACUUCGCCAGAGAUAAGGACCAGAGGAGUCUGGACAUGGACACGGCUAAAUCCAUGCUGGCUUUACUGCUGGGAAGAACAUGGCCUCUCUUCCCAGUCUUCCACCAGUUCCUGGAGCACUCCAAGUACAAGGGGAUGAAUAAGGACCAAUGGUAUAACGUUUUGGAGUUCAGCAGGACCAUCAACACAGACCUCAGUAACUAUGAUGAAGAUGGAGCGUGGCCAGUGCUGCUAGACGAGUUUGUGGAAUGGCAGAAAGCUUCAGCAUCAUAGCAGACGACGUCACGACACCAAAAAGGGGAAAGAGGGAGACCACAAACGCAGCAGGAAUCUGUUCAUCGUUUAAGAAAAAGGAAAAACGUCUCACUAACACGCACAAACACGGACUCCAGAAUCAUCUCUGUGGACUCUGGGUACACUCACAUCCCGUCAGAGAUUGUCUCUGUAUCGUCAGCCAACUGUUGUCAAGAGGCCUUUCUCUCACUGAGUAGACUUUUUAUAGUGUUCAUUUGGAGAAAAGAAAAGUGGGGAGAAGUUCCUAAAAUAAGAAAACAAACAAAAAAGAACUGAGAGAAAAGAUGUGGAAUUUAUGUUUUCUUGAUAAUUAUUUUUUUUCCCCAUUUUGUGUCUUGUUUAUAAAUGUUUUCACAGUAAAUAAAGAGGAAACAGACGUGACGAGCUGCUUCUGUAUAAUUGGU